AAGAGGUGUGAACAACUUUCGUAUAAAAUCACGUAGAGUGCAUACGUCAAUUUUGACACUCGUAAUUGAUCGUGUAAUUAAUCGAAACAUCCAAGACACGAGUAAUUACGCUCGACGAAGAUUGCGCGCUCGAUGAAAAGACAUAACAAGAUAAUCGCAUUCACUGUCACGAUUCAUCCUUUAAAAGGAAGAAGAGAAAAACGCUGGAAUCAUUAUAGAGAGUUGGAAAAAGGAGGAGAGGGAAGCUGCGUGACUGGGUCAGUUACGAAAGAGUAAACACACAAAUUCCCUUUCGGCGCAGUGCGCGGAAGAUGCAGAGGAGAGGAUCGAUCUCGAUUGCGCUUGAAAUCGAGCGUGGUGGACGGAGACCGUGGCGUGGUGGCGGUCGUCGAACUCGCGAGAAGAGCAAGGAAGAAAAAAAAAAGAAAAGAAAAGAAAAGAAAAGAAAAGAAAAGGGGAGAAGCGGAGACAAGACUGGAGAACGCAAGCCAGUCGGAAAGAGAGUGCUUUCUUCGUGGAUCGGCGAUGGUGAAGGUCCUCGUAUAUAAGCAACUGCCGGUACUGCAAUUGUCAGUGUGAUUCGUCCCAUCGGAAACGCCUAUCUUCUUACACCUACGAAACCGGAUGACGAUGUGGCGAGUAUUUUUGUUCGCUUUGGCCGUGGUCGCCGCAAGGGCCUCUCAUUUCUCCUCCCUGGAAGGCCAUGGUCUUCAUUCGAGCGAGCCCAAGCUUAUCUCGCAAUCGGUUCAUCUCAAAGAAAUACCGACCAAAAUCAUCAAGGUCACGAAAACCGCGGUCGUCAAGGUGCCAGUUCCCUAUCCAGUCAAGGUACCCCAUCACAUACCGGUCCCGGUGCCAGUGAACCAUCCGAUCGCUGUUCCGUAUACGAAGCUGGUGAAAGUUCAGGAACACGUGCCGGUCGAGGUGUCCAGGCCAGUCCCGAUCGAGAUCCAUCAGCAAGUACCGGUGGUGGUGCCGAAGGCGGUCCCGGUACCGCAGCCGAUUCCGGUUCCUCAUCCCGUAACGGUGAACAAGCCUGUCUUCUACCCGGUACCACACCCGAUUCCAUAUCAGGCGAGCCAUUCCGAGGGUGGGAUCGGAGGUGGAGCUGGUGGAUACGAUUCUGGGGAUCACGAGGGCCACGAAUCGGAGAGUUACAGCUCUUACACGGUGAAUCAACACGGCCACGAGCAGGACGUCCAAGGUGGACACUUCCAACCAUCUCAACCCGAUUACGGCUCGCAUCAUUGAACGACAUCAUUUUCACAUUUCCGUUGUACAUAUUGUCGUUUAUACUAUACUGUUUAAAGCCUGAUUUGUUAAGUUUAUGUUUUU